CUUUUCAUUACCCUGACAGUAAUUAUGAAAAUUACUGGUGACCGUAAUUACUGAUCGACCUCUAGGCGUAACAUUGCCCCAGACUUGGAGCUUCCAAAGUGAGACAAGACCAAUCAAUAUGCAGUGAUCCAGGCCUAGCCUAUUGAUCUGCAUCAGGAACAGCGCUUGGUCGUCACCGUGUCACCAUUGCAAGUUCGCGACUUUAUAUAAAAGCUUGUUCCAACUUGGCAACCUUGGCCAUCUUCACACUUUUCACACACGACGGAACUUCACAUUUCGAAACAUGACGUCGAACAAUCAUGCUUCGAAUGCCGACAAGAUGGGCGAGAGGCCCUCCACUGAGAAGAUGGAGAGGACCGUCUCCGACAGCGAGCACCAUCGCAACAUGACGAGACGGAUAUUAUGGAAGAUAGACACAAGAGUCCUGCCUGUCCUUGUCCUCCUCUUCCUCUGCUCUUUCCUCGAUCGAGCCAACGUCGGCAACGCCAGGAUUAUCGGUCUCGAAAAGGAUCUUGGCCUCUCCAAUACCCAGUAUACUCAGGGUCUGGCAGUCUUCUAUGCCACAUACAUUGCAAUUGAACUUCCGAGCAACCUGGUCCUCAAAAAGGUCACGCCCAAGAUCUGGCUGCCCCUCCUCACCAUCAUCUGGGGCAUUAUCACCAUGUGUUUAGGAUUCGUAAAGAACUUUGGAAGCUUCUUCGGCGUGCGAGCCCUGUUGGGCAUCGCCGAGGGCGGCCUCUUUCCAGGCAUUGUGCUCUAUCUUUCCGGCCUAUAUACUCGCCAGGAGAUGGCGCUGCGAAUGGGCAUCUUCUACACCGCUGCCUCUUUGUCGGGUGCAUUCGGCGGUCUUUUAGCACGGGGGCUCUCUGCUAUUGGUCCACGUGGUGGGUUGGAGGGUUGGAGAUGGAUCUUCAUCAUCGAAGGGUUGAUUACCAUACUUGUGGGUAUGGUGACUUAUCUCCUGCUUCCAACAAGUAUAGUCACUGCUCCUUACCUGACCGAGGAGAAGAAGGAAUACGCUGCAAGGAGGCUUCAAGGAGACACCGGCGCAGAUACCGCGGAUAGGUUCAAUCCCGUUUCGGAACGAGAGGAAAAGUUCAAGUGGUCUGAAGUUCGCCGUGGCGUCUUCAACCUCCAAGUUUGGCUAACAGGUUCAGCAUAUUUUGCCCUUGGGGCUGGGCUCUACAGCUUUGGUCUCUUUCUCCCAACCAUCCUCAACGACCUGAAGAUCACAUCCAACCCCAACCAGACCCAGCUGUGGUCGGUUAUCCCAUACGCAGUUGCCACCCCGGUCACAGUUCUCAUUGCCUUUGCCUCUGAUCGCCUCAAACUCAGGGGCGUCAUGAUGCUCUUCACUCUUCCCAUUGCCAUCAUUGGCUACGCCGUUAUCGCCAAUGUCGCCUCUGCCCAAGUUCGUUUUGCUAUGACAUGCUUGAUGGCAAUCGGCAUGUACAGCAGCAUACCAUGCAUUCUCGUCUGGAACUCCAACAAUUCUGCUGGGCACUACAAGCGAGCUACCAGUUCAGCUUUGCAACUUGCUAUUGGAAACGCGGGCGGUUUUGUGGCUACUUUUGUCUAUCCUCCAAAGGAUAGACCUUUGUAUCACAAGGGGCAGACGAUCCUCCUUGGUCUGCUAGUUUAUGCUUGGUUUGCGAUCCUCGCCAAUGUGCUUUGGUGCAACAAGAUCAACAAGGACAAAGCCGCUGGGAAGUAUGAGAGAUACGAAGGCUCUGGGGACGACAGAGAUCCAGCUUUCAAGAUGAUCCCGUAAAGCCCUUUCAUGUCACCCCCAUGAGUACCAACAACUGAGUAAUGCUUGCAUUUGCUGGGCUUAGAAUGGAUAAUAGGUAUAAGUUUGCCAACAGACCGCGGUCAGUCACAGUCCAUUGAAUGUGAUCUGCAAGGGCAGACGCUUUUCCUGACCGUCAUUCCGUUUUACGUUGGACCCUUCGCACACUGUGUUCCCGGCACGACCUGUACCCCUGCCUUCUGUGGACCAACCGGCCGCCCCCUUGUCUGAGAUUCAGUGUCGUCUGUCCUUCUGUGCAACAACAAGCUAUGUGUGCAGAGAAUGGACAUGUCUGAGACAUCUAUGUCGCUGAUAUGCCAGUCAGCCACGACUUGCUCCCCGUUUGUAAAUGCGGAGAUUG